AUUGUGACAAAGUUUCAGAAUCUCACCUUGUCGUUUUUGUGUUUCUUUUUCAAAUAACAGUUUGGAUUAUUAUUUUGAGUUUUUCUGUCCCCAAGCAUAGAGCAAUCAGUAUUAAAGUGCUUAAUAAAGUUCUUCGUGUCAUUUAUCUAUUGAAACGCGAGACCAAUCGUUUUCAUUUUAGCGUUAGUAAAGAAAUUGAGAAGUGAUUUUUAUUUCUGUAAUAAAUUUUACGCCGAUAUACAUCAAUCAGGAUUAAUUAUGUCGUCAGACAACAAACAAUUCUCGUCACUUGACACUGCUGGAUAUGUUGGAUUUGCCAAUUUACCUAAUCAAGUUCAUCGUAAAUCAGUGAAAAAAGGAUUCGAAUUUACUUUGAUGAUUGUCGGUGAAUCAGGCCUGGGAAAGUCGACUCUUGUCAAUUCAUUGUUUUUAACUGAUUUGUAUCCUGAAAGAGUUGUUCCUGAUGCUGUUGAGAAACAGAAACAAACUUUGAAGCUUGAUGCUUCGACAGUAGAGAUUGAAGAGCGUGGAGUGAAAUUACGUUUGACAGUUGUCGAUACGCCAGGCUUUGGUGAUGCCAUUGAUAAUUCAGACAGCUUCAGUGCCAUUUUAGAGUACAUUGAUGAACAAUAUGAGAGAUUCUUACGUGAUGAAAGUGGAUUGAAUCGUCGCAACAUUAUUGAUAACAGAAUUCAUUGUUGCUUUUAUUUUAUAUCGCCAUUUGGACAUGGAUUGAAACCUUUGGAUAUUGAAUUCAUGAAGAAGCUUCACUCGAAAGUUAACAUUGUUCCAGUCAUUGCAAAAGCUGAUGUCUUAACAAAGAAGGAAAUGAAUCGUCUUAAGAUUCGAAUUCUUGAAGAGAUCAAAGAAAAUGGCAUAAAAAUUUAUCCACUGCCCGAUUGUGAUUCUGAUGAAGAUGAAGAUUACAAGGAACAAGUGAGACAAUUGAAGGAAGCGGUUCCUUUUGCUGUCGUUGGAUCGACGACAUUGUUGGAAGUGAAGGGAAAGAAGGUUCGUGGGCGUUUGUAUCCAUGGGGCGUCGUUGAAGUUGAAAAUCCUGAACAUAAUGAUUUUAUCAAACUGCGAACGAUGUUGAUAACUCACAUGCAAGAUCUUCAAGAGGUGACACAAGAAGUUCAUUAUGAGAAUUAUCGAUCUCAACGUUUGGCAAAGUCUGUUCGACAAAAUGGCACGAAAACCACAAACGGAAAUGGUCAUUUGGCAAAGGAAGAAGUUUUUGACGACGUCGAUUCAUCGGAGAAAGAUCGAAUUUUAAAAGAAAAGGAGGCAGAACUUCGAAGAAUGCAGGAAAUGUUGGCACAAAUGCAAGCCAAAAUGCAACAAGCGCAGCAGUAAGAAAAGAAUUAAACACAAACAUUUCGAACUCGAAUAUAAAUUUGAAUCUCUUUCUUCAUGAGCUGGUGUCAUUAGAACAUCGCAGCUCUCAUUUCUUCCUCUUUUUCGAGAACUUCCUUUCGAAUAACUUUAAAAUUUUAAAUCCAUUUCAUUAAAUACAUGCGCGUAGGUGUUCAUUUCACUUUUUUUUCGUGCCAAUAAUUUUUUAUUUUUCUACAUUUUUCUUAUUUGCAAUGCUAGAAUGCAAUUUCCAAUUUCGAGAGACUAAAAGAAUAUUUUUUAAAGAUUUAAACUGUCACAAGACGAUUCCACGAUUAAACAUCUUUUGUGGUUUUACUUAAUUAAAGCAGAAAGAAAUCAUGCUUCAAUUGCGUUGCUUAUGAAAAGUAUUUAAACGUAUCGCAAAAUUUUCAGCGAAUUUAGCUUUUAAGAUUGAAAAAUAAUUUUUUUUCUCUUUUGAAUGAUCGAAAAUUUCAAUAAUUUGAUGAAUUUGAAGAGUAAAUUACCUAAUUUUAUUUGGGUUGGAGAUAUGGAAUUAACAAUGAUUGAUUGUAAGAAGUUAACACCAGACCACCGAGUAAAAUAAGUCAACUUAAUAAACAUUAAAAGUUAACAAUUUUACUGAAAUUUAAUCUUAAAUUUGAUCUGACAAAACCAAAGGUUUGACUUAAGCUCGUUUGAUUUUCACCGGUGUUUGAUUUGACCGCCCAACUGCGCUCCUCAAGAAAAUCUAAAACGAAUCAAACCCUGGACAAAACUUUCACGCAAUUUCCUUUAAAUUCAUCAAAUUAUUGAAAAGCUUAUCAAAAGAAAAUAUUUUUAAGAUCAUUUUUAACAUAUAUCAAUGAUUGCGAUAAUCAUUAAAAAUUGCAUUAUCUACAUAUAUUUUUUCACAUGAUAUCGAAUAAAACAUAAACCAAUAUUGAGUCAUAAAGAAAUCAAAUUUCUUUCAACUUUUUGUCUAUUUCUAUCAUUCAC